AUGAAAAAUGAGAAAGGGGAAAAGAAGGCCAGGAGAGCAAGAAAAGGAAAGCCGAAGAAAAGGCAAAGAUCAAAUGACAUGGUUGACAUCGAUGAAAAUACUUGCAAAAUAUGUUUUGUUCAGUAUGAAGAAAGUGAUGAUGAAAAUCUACCAUGGGUGAUGUGUGACAAUUGUCAGAAUUGGAUGCAUAUUGAGUGCAUCCCAAUUGGAAUCGAUGUAACAGGAAUAAGUGAUGAUGAACAGUUCCUUUGCCAUGACUGUGUUAACGAAUAAUGUUACUACAGUAAUUGUUAAAAUUAAUUAAUGUACAUGUUAUCAACAUUGAAUUCAAGUUGACAAUUUAUAUAUAACUGUUGGACUAUGUCGGACUUUAACUACUAUUAUAUAUUAUAGACAAUUGUCUAUAAUAAUUGUUUGUGUUGCUUAAUCAGUGAUGCUUUCUCCCUUUCAUAUAUGAAUAAAUAUAUAUAAUUAUAUAAAUACUUGUGUAAUUUAAGCAAAUUGUUGUGCACAUAGAUUGAACUAGUCGAAUAAAAACCACAUCUUGUUCCAAUCCUUUUACAUACAGAGGUAUUUCAUUCCCACACUAUCAUCAUAGUAAUUAAUACUGGAGGGGGUGACAUUAGCCUGGCAGUUAAAAUACUACAGGUAUUAUAUCAGCAUAUAUUAAGGAUCCUUAUGUACUUUAAUUUACAUUUUCCUUCUAGAUAGAAUGGCUAAAAUUGUGAUUGAAAAUGCUGUUAUAAAAGGAUACCAUGUAUUCCAGAUUCGGCCUCCCCUCAAUUUAUCUCUUCCUGUUACAAAGGAAUAUGGCAACAAGCAUGAUCCAAGCGCAUGCUUAGUGUGGGUGCCUGAGCUGCAUUUUAUACCAGAAGCAGUCUGGUAUACAGUUACAGAUGCAAAACGGGGUGAAACUGUUCAAACAAUAGCUGGCCUUCCCAUUGGACGAGUACCUUGGGGUUUAUCCAAGUGCUUCUCAGAGCUAUUAAGUUCCUCUGACACCAUUGCAAUUGACUGGUAA